AAAAAAAAUGCGUUUCAAUGCCCCGCCGAGGGAACAAAUCUUCUUUACAUCACAUCCAAUGUAAAUCAAAUAUUGCUUAGGAUUUAUUUAAGCAUUAAACAUUAUUCCGCAAAUAGAUGCAGCGAAAACUAAACGAAGCAUUCAGAUAUUCGGCUUGAAAACGCAACAAAAUAAUGCAACCUCGGACUGUUGUGUGCAUACCUAUUGUGUGGCGGCAGCUCCCAUUGUAAACGAUGCAAAAAACGAGGUUUAAGAAAUCCGAUCAUUAGGUUAAUAAAAAUCUGAAAUAUAACUAAUUGAUAAAUCUCGCCGCAAACUUUCGUUUGUAGAUAUUUAAAAUCCAUUAUUUAAAAGGGCGGUUUCGAUAUGGAACUGCAAUCAAAAUUAUAAAAAAAAUUUAGUUAACCACACUAUUGUCAUAAAGCGAUGUAGCGAAUUCAGACGUCGUUGAAAGCUGUGUAAGAUUUUGUAGUAAACUUCAAUGAAUUGAUAUCACAUUAAAAAAACGUGUCCGCCUGUGUUAAUAAACCUUCAUUUAUUUCCCUCCUCUCCAAACCGCCCAAUGAAAACAAUUGAAAUUUGCACAAACAUAUUCUGUUGCCGUUAUGAUUAAAAGAUAUGUGUGAAUAUAUAUAUAUGUGUGUAUGUGUGUAAAAACGACAGUAGACAGACAGUAAGUUGGUAAUGACUAAAGGCCUUGACUAUGCCCGGAUUGAGAAAGUUGAUCUGCAGACUUUGCUAGGUAUUAUUUGGGGGGAGUUGUUUUUUGUAGUUGUACAGCCGGUCAAACGGGUUUAUAGAGCCAGGCUGGAAGACAGCUCAUUCCAGGAGCUGAAUUAGACAGCUCUUGAGUUUCACUUUUCCCCUUGGAACCGAAGUCGUUUUGUUUUUUAAAAAAAGGUUAAAAAAAAAGAAAGCAGAGAAAAGUAUGAAGGAUCGGCGGAAUUUUCAGGCGAAGAGAGUGGACGAUCAAAGCUGAAAUCCGUUUAUUUGGAACUGGCUUCGAGCAGAGUUUAGACAAAAGUGGUGUGUUUUUUUCAGGAUCGCUGUAGGGAGCAGCCUGCGUAGAAUUGCGUGGAAACGAAUGAGGGCUUCGGAGACUCCAUAGUCUCUCUGUUGCUCCCCCUGUCUCUUAACUUUUAACCCGUUGUAAGAUGGACCAGGCUACUAGUGACACAGGCUCAGGGCAGAACACGUCUCCGGAAAAAGAUCUGAAAAGGAAGAGAGCUGAGAACGCGGGUAGCCUCUCCCCAGCCAGGAAGCGAGUGCCCGCCGACAUGCCUUUAGCAUUCUCUGGAUUUUCACACGAAAACGAGGUCUCUCUCUUUUUUCCCCCUGACGAACUCAGAUCAGACUGUCCGCAGAUGUUAGUGCACAGUUUCUCGGCUAUGGACCGCCACGAUGGGACCAGUAAUGGGACUCCACGUUUGCCCCAGUUAGGAACGGUCAGCCAGUCUCCAUAUCCGACUGCCCCGCCGCUGUCUCACACACCUAACACGGAUUUCCAACCACCUUACUUCCCUCCACCGUACCAACCCAUCUACCCGCAGUCGCAGGACCCUUAUUCCCAUGUGAACGACCCCUACUCGCUCAACUCUCUGCACUCGCAGCCGCAGCCGCAGCACCCGACCUGGCCGCAGAGACAGAAUCAAGAGGCGGGCAUCCUGCACCAACAUCGGGCUCUACCGCAGCUGGCCGGCUUAGAUCCACGGAGGGACUAUCGGCGGCCUGAUGUCCUACUCCACAGCACCCACGGACUCGAUUCCGGCCUUGGAGAUUCAUUGCCCAUCCACAGCAUUGCACACUCCAUCGAAGAUGUACAGCAUGUUGAUGAUCAUGGCAUUAACAUCCAGGACCACACCGUCAUUAAAAAAGGUCCCAUGUCCCUAUCCAAGUCUCACAGUGGGGCUAUCACCUCGAUCUCACUUAAUAAGGACGGGCUCUUUGGCGGGGUUGCGAACCCAAACGAAGUGUUCUGUUCAGUUCCGGGUCGCCUCUCCCUCCUCAGUUCAACAUCAAAGUACAAGGUGACGGUGGCGGAAGUGCAGAGACGACUCUCUCCGCCUGAGUGUCUCAAUGCCUCGUUGCUGGGCGGAGUACUUAGGAGGGCGAAAUCUAAAAAUGGAGGACGGUCAUUAAGAGAAAAAUUAGACAAAAUUGGAUUAAAUUUACCAGCCGGUAGACGCAAAGCUGCCAAUGUAACGCUGCUAACAUCACUUGUUGAGGGUGAAGCUGUGCAUCUUGCUCGGGAUUUUGGUUACGUUUGCGAAACGGAAUUUCCAGCCAAAGCAAUAGGCGAGUACGUCAACCGACAGCACUCAGAUCCCAACGCACAAGUGACGCGCAAAAACAUGCUACUGGCAACGAAACAAAUCUGCAAAGAAUUCACAGACUUGCUGACACAGGACCGAUCUCCUUUGGGGAACUCGCGACCUGCCCCGAUCUUGGAACCUGGCAUUCAGAGUUGCCUGACUCACUUCAGUCUAAUCACACACGGCUUCGGCAGUCCGGCUCUGUGCGCUGCUAUAACCGCCUUACAGAACUAUCUUACCGAAGCACUCAAAGCCAUGGACAAAAUGUACAUGAACAAUACUCCUAACAACCACACGGGCGAAAAUCCCAGUAAAAGCGGCGACAAGGACGAAAAACACAGAAAGUAGUCGAAUAGCAAACGCACAACUUCCUAAAAAGGAACAAAACAUUUUAAAAAUUGUCAUAUAGGUGUGACUGUUUCCCCCUCAACCUGGAACUCGGAGUCUGAGUGAGAAGAGAAGGCGAUGAAGAAAUUUGAACUGCUUUUUGGGAGGAAAAAAAACCAGAUCAGAGUUUCUAAAACUUUUUACCGAGUUAAACCUUCAUCCAUCAGACUGCAUCUUGAUUGACAUAUCCCCGUUGUUUAAGUCUGUUAAGAUUGUAGUCACAAUCAUUUAAAGAAGGUAACGAAAGCACAUUUUAUCAGUAUUGUAAGUAAACUCGAGCAGUUCAUGCUGUCAUAACUAUCGUUGUUGAAAACAAAUCCUCUAAGGUAUUGGUCAAUUCCACAACUAUUGCAAGUUGCAGUUCACGAUAUAAUAAGGGAAACAGUGUUCAUGUAUGUAUAUAUUUAUUUAUGUGUAAUUUAAUGGGAAUUGUAAAUAUGGUGCGUCCGUUUAAACCUUUAUUUUAUUUAUCUGGUGAUAUCGUUUAUCUCCUGUUAGUGGGUUUUAAUCUUCAUCAAACACAGUAGAUCUUUCCGUGAUUUUAUGGUACUUAGAAAGAUAUCGGGGGAACCCUGGGAAACACAUUUUAGCUCUCUGUAGCAUGUUGUGGCGAUAAGCAGUUGAACAGAAUCCAAAAGAGAGGGGGGAGAAACGAGUUUUAUAUAAGCAUCGAAUUUAGUUUAUAAUACCACAGAAAUUCGAAUUUAAGAAUAAUACCUACGUUUUUUUUAAUAAAAAGCAUCUGUGAUGUUUUUUUGUGUUUUAAAAUAUCCCAUGUGUUGUGACAAAGGAAUUAUCUGACACUAUGUCUUCUUUCCCUACUGAAAAAAACAGAGCAAUAAACUGAUAUUGUCUAUAGAACGGUUUAGUAUUUUAUUGUUGAUCUGACAGCAUUUGGGACGAGCAGAUAUCUUGUAUGACCGGUGGCUAAAUUGGAAACAGUUUUUAGCUGUAUUAUAUAGAGUUGUGUUGGCAAUAGUUUACAUGCCUGUCGAUGUAUCAUAGUCCUUUGUUACCCAGAAAAAUAAAUAUUUGAUACGCUUUA